AUGGUGUUGCACAAGAGGCUUGAUUAUGGAUUCAGUGGCUAUGAGGUUCCUCCUACACCUCGUGCUGCAAGAUCACCAAGAAAGAGUGCUUUCAAGAAGAAAAGCGAAAACAAUCAGAUAUCUUCCUUUGAUUUGUUGGCUGCAGUAGCUGGAAAGCUCCUGCUUGAAAGUGGAGGCAAUUCUUCUUCCUCAAGUAACAACGCCUCUGGCGAUAAUGAAGAUCACUCUGCAGUUAAGAAAGAAGAGCCUGAUCACACCGUGGGAGAAGAGAGUAACUGUGAUCAUCCUGAGAGGAGAUUCUUCGUCUCUGAGAUCCUUCCAAAAGCUCAUGAAACAGAGAGUUUCAACAGGUCUCCAAGUUCCCUUAAAGAUUUCCACUUUGGAUCUACUUCUGGUUUAACUUCUGAUUCCUCGGAGAAGUUUGGGACACAAGAAUUACCCUACGAGGAAACCAAGAUCGACAACAAUGGUGAUUGCUAUAGGUCAGGAGGGACUGAUCAUGAUAAGAGAAAAUCAAUGCUUGGUGGGUUAAGUUGUGAACCAAAGUUAUCAAGGAAUGAUUUAACCAAAGAGGAGCAUCAUGCACGUAAUGGAUUCAGGAAACCUAUUCCCCAAAACCCUUCGGUUUGCUCUGAUGAUGAUGAUGACGAAAACUUCUCAGCGCGUUAUGCAACGAAAUCGUUUAGGUCAACUCUGCGUAUAGGAGAUAGAAGAAUAAGGAAAGUUUUGGCUUCUAAAUACUGUAAAGUCUCUCCAAAGCCGAAAGAUACAGCGGUUACAAACUCCGACUUGGAUUUGAAGCCUGAUUACUACAGCAAGAAACAUUGUCUCAAAAGCAUAAGAUCAGAGAGGAACUAUCCAAUCAAGAAAAGAAGAUACUUUGAUGGUUAUACAGCUUCAAGAUCCGAGGAAACAGAUAAAAAUGAAGGUCUUUCUAGCUCACCUCCAAAGGCUUCAGCUUUUCUAUCAUCUAUAGCUUGUCAGAAGCAGCCAGCAGUCCAAUCAAGAGAUUCUCACGUGAAACUUGGAAUCAAGUCAUUCAGAGUUCCUGAACUUUUCAUUGAAAUUCCAGAGACUGCUACUGUCGCUUCGCUAAAGAGGACAGUCUUGGAAGCUGUGACCUCGAUACUUGGUGGUGGGUUACGCAUAGGUGUUCUUGUUAAUGGGAAAAAGGUUAGAGACGACAAUAAAAUGCUUCUUCAGACUGGAACCUCUCUAGACACUCUUUCAGAUUCUUUAGGGUUUUGUCUUGAGCCCAAUCCUCCACAAACCACAAAGCCGCUUUCUCCUGAAGAUUCUGAUUUUGUGCGUCCAUGUAAUAAUGUACCUCACACUCUAACAAGGUGUCUCCCAGCACCAGUUAAACAUGCUAAACCGAGUAACUCUGUAGAAAGUGACCUUGACUCUAAACCUUCUUCAUCAAGUAGGGCUAAACCUGUCUACUCCAGAGCCUUGGUUCCUGUCUCUCCUCUGCAUGCUCAGGCUCUAACCGUAGUCCCACCUCGAAAACCUAAGCGAUCUGAGGUGGCACAGCGUAGGAUCCGUCGACCUUUCUCUGUUGCAGAAGUAGAGGCCCUUGUUCAAGCUGUGGAGAGACUUGGAACCGGAAGGUGGCGUGAUGUAAAGUUGCGAGCUUUUGACAAUGCUAAGCACCGGACUUACGUAGAUCUGAAGGACAAAUGGAAGACGCUGGUGCACACAGCAAGAAUAUCGCCGCAACAGAGGAGAGGUGAGCCAGUACCACAGGAGCUCUUAGACCGGGUACUAACGGCUCACGCCUACUGGUCCCAGCAACAGGGGAAACAACAGUUGCUAGAGGGACACCAGAAGCUCGAGACCAGUCUUGGUCUAUAG